AUGGAUUCUCUCUCCAAACCCGGGCUCCUCAGCGUCAUCGCUGGCGUCGCCUGCGGCGUGUGCCUGGGAUGGGGCAUUCGCGGGAGACUUCUGAGGCGGCCCAGAUCCCCCGCCAACAACCUGGGCAGCGAAACGAACGUCAUGGGAGAGUCCGGGGAGUUCAAGAUGGUGCUGGUCGUCCGCAACGAUUUGAAGAUGGGGAAGGGUAAAGUGGCAGCACAGUGUUCCCAUGCCGCUGUGUCUGCCUACAAGCAAGUGCAGAGAAGAAAUCCCGAACUCCUGAAACAGUGGGAGUACUGCGGGCAACCUAAAGUGGUCCUCAAAGCUCCUGACGAAGAGACGCUGAUCCAGCUCCUGGCUGAGGCGAAACGCCUCGGACUGACUGUGAGCUUAAUACAAGACGCGGGUCGUACUCAGAUAGCUCCAGGCUCCCAGACAGUCCUCGGUAUAGGACCAGGACCAGCUGAUGUAGUAGAUAAAGUUUCUGGUCACCUAAAACUUUACUGA